AUGCAGCCUAUCCGUGUUUGGCUUUCCCCUCCUGGGCCGAAUCCUUGGAAGGUCAUCACCGUCCUCGAAGAACUUGCUGUGCCCUACCAAGUUGUGUCGAUUCGCUUUGAGGACAUGAAGAAACACCCGUUUGCGGACAUCAACGGCCGUAUUCCCGCUAUCGAGGAUCCCAAUACUGGCGUCAAGAUCUACGAAACUGGAGCCAUUAUUCUCUACCUGAUCCAGAAGUACGAUACCGAGAACCAGCUUCAUUAUGAUUCUCUGGACAAGGAAGUUCUUUGCAAGCAGUGGCUCAUAUUCCAAGUCACCGGACAGGGCCCGUACUUCGGACAGCGCACCUGGUUUACAAACCUCCCCCCCGAGAAGAUCCCCUCCGCAAUCGAGCGUUUUUCGAACGAGAUCAAGCGCGUUCUUGGUGUCUUGGAUAAAGCACUGGGAGCUGAACCCAACAAGGAGUGGCUGGUCGGUGAUCGCAUCACAUACGCCGACCUCGCUUUCGUUCCUUGGAACGACCUACUGGACGCCACGCUUGGAGUCCCCGCCGAUAAGAAGUUUGAAGGCUUUCCCAACGUCAAGGAGUGGCAUGAGCGCAUGACCAAGCGACCUUCCUGGAUCAAGGCUAUGGCACUUAGGGCCCGUCUGAUGGACGAGCACGGCCUAGACUGGAAUAGCAUGCCCAAGCUUAUGCCCAAGCUUGUGACAGACUUCGAGGAGUACCAGGAAAGUGUUGCUCAGGACGAGGGUACAGAGGGUACAUGGGAAUCCAGUACGAUGUUCUGUGAUGUCGGUCGACCCCUACUACCUUAG